CUUGACAGGUAAACUAAUAGGUCACGCACAGGUGCAAGGGACAGACAGCUUCGCAGCAGUGCGGAAGAGGUGACAAACAGCAGUGUUCCGCCAUGAUGGCGACAGGUCGCUUGCUUGUGGUGCUGCUAGGUGCCGUGUCAUUUUCAACGCUUGGUUUAGCCAUUCAGUGCUACCAGUGUGACAGCAAUGAAGAUGUUACCUGCCCUGCAGAUGACAGAUUCGAUACGACUAUCAAUGCAGUGGUAGACUGCAACAGCUUUGAGGCAAACAUACCUGGGCAGUUCUGUAUGAAGAUAUACCAGGAGAGCCCCGGGUGGGGAGGAUGGAAGAAGCUAACCAGGAGAUGUGGCUCCCGAACAGAUUUUGGUGUGGCCUGGGGAUGUCGUUGGACGUGGGAUUACACAGGAGUGUUUAAGGAGACCUGCUAUUGUGAAGACAGAGAUGGUUGCAAUGGUUCUGGAAAGUUAUUCCUCAGUUUUACAGCUGCACUGUUGGUGUUAUUUGCUCUGGUUCUCAACGUGUCGUGGACAUUAUAAUCAUCAUCUGAGCACAUUCUUUCUAGAGGGAUCUCUGCUGUAAAAAUCAUUCUUGUGUCUAUAUAUAUUUUGUAUGUUACAAAUUGAAGAAUGGUGGUUGUUUAUGACAUUUUUGACACUUGAGCUGGAUGAGGACCAGAAUGGUAGACAGCUUAGCGUGGCAUAGUUCUAGUAGAAUUAAAGAUGGAUGGUGUGGUAUGUAGGCACUGAGCCAAGAUUAAGACGUAAACACUGUAAGGAGUAUCGUCAAUUCGCCCUGCAAGGAACUGUGACACAAUACAUGGGGAGAAUUACAUUUCUGCUUGCUACAAAGGAGUGCAUUUGGGUUUACGUAGAGCAUAGAAGCCAAAAAUCUAUAUGCUUCGUUUUGUUAAUUUUUCUUUUAGUGUAUGGAUUGUUGAAAUGGUCACGAUAAAGUGUUGCACACCUGCACAAGGAAGAAAUUUAUUUGGAACUGCUGUUUUGGGAUGACUGCUUUAGGAUUCUUUUCAUCUAAACAAUGUUUUUUUUUCCAUGUCUUUUGUGUUCUGUGCACUUGUCAACUAUUAAAGCCUAUCCUGGAAAUGAUUAAGGUGCAGAAAGUCGCCAUUAUUAUUUGAAAGACUCUCCAGUUACAUUUCUGCUCGAGUACUUUAAGAAAAAUUGGCAUUUAAAACAAGUCUCCUUAUUCUUGGCAUUCAUAAACAGUCAACCAUUAUUUGACGUUUGAAGAACAUUGCAAUGGCUGUUCUGGUGCACAGUGUGUUUGUGAGUGGGUGUGGUAUGCCUGCAAACUUGAAAGAAAAUGAGAGGGCUUGUUAACUAAUGGGUCUUUUAUUUCAAAAGCCCAGCCAUUAUAUGAUACAUAUCAACUUGUAAUAUAAACAGUGUAUGGAAAUGUAUGUAUAUUUUUAUAUUUUCUUUGUAUAGUUCUACUGACUGGAAUGAGAAGUUGUAUGCAGAUAUAAAUAGCUACAGAUGUUUUAUGCCUCUUAAUACCAGUUUUGCUACUAUCUCUUUAUUUCAAAACUGUCCAUUGAACUCUCUCCUAAUUGCCUAAACAAACCACACAUGAUGUCCAGAAUCUUAUGCAAAUUUAAUGUAACGAUCUAAAAUGUACAAACAUAGUCAUGUUAAACACAAGUGCUUCUGCCCUAAAUGGGGAUUAUUUCGUCCAUAUUUGUCCAUAUUACAAAGUGAAUCACUUUAACUAUAGAUUUCUUAUUUUGACUUGAAGAGUUUAUGCUACAUGUUGCAUGUAAAAGAGAAAACAACGCAGUCUUUAUCCCUCUGUUAAAUUUUAUUAUUGCCUUCCCUAACUAAAGACUACAUAGCUAUCAUUACUAACACUUUUCCAUUUGACAUUUCCAAGUCUAUUUGUAAAAUGAAAUGUUUUUUCAUUUAUAUCCUGGAAUAAACAUUUUGUACACUU